AACAAUUUUAAGUGCCCACAAUUUUUGCGGAAUACAGCGUAAAUUACACGAAAAUAUUCAGGCAUCUGGGGAUCCGAGAGUCUGGAAUGGGGACGCGACACUUGACAGCGACCACCAAAAUGGGCGUUUUGCCAGUGGGUGUGCUGGGAUUUAUACUCCUGCAAAUGGUGAUAUCGGUGCGGGGACAUGGCCGUCUGAUGGAUCCACCGGCCAGGAAUGCCAUGUGGCGAUUUGGCUAUCCCAAUCCCGUAAAUUAUAAUGAUAACGAGCUCUUCUGCGGUGGCUUUGCGGUCCAAUGGGAGAAAAAUAAGGGUCGUUGUGGUGUUUGCGGCGAUGCCUAUCACGUCAAGUCGCCAAGACCCCAUGAAGCUGGCGGGCAAUACGCCAAGGGCAUCAUCUCUCGUUACUAUACCUCUGGUCAGGAGAUCGAGGUGGAAGUGGAACUAACGGCCAAUCAUUAUGGUCGCUUCGAGAUGUUCCUAUGUCCGAACAAUAAUCCGCGACAGGAGGCCAGUCAGGCAUGUUUCGAUCGGUAUCCUUUGCUGAUUUCGGGCAGUCGGGAGCAUCGAUACCUCAUACCGCGCGAUGCCAAGAAAAAGGAUAUAUUCCGGUAUCGGGUGCGACUGCCGCCAUAUGUCACCUGCACGCAGUGCGUCCUGCAGUGGACCUACUAUACCGCCAAUAUGUGGGGCACCUGCGCCAAUGGAACCGAAGCCGUGGGAUGCGGCAAGGCUGAAACCUUCCGGAAUUGUGCAGAUAUAGCCAUCGUCUCGAACACCGGAGGUGGUGUUCCGCCAAGUUUCGCCAACAACAAGUCACCAUAUCUGCUCUAUUAUCGUGAUUAUCGGGCCCCGCCAAACAACAACAUCUUUCCACUUAUUGUGCGUGACCAGAAGUGCAUAGGUGCCCCAGCCUUCCGAUCCUUGCCCGGCAUCGACAACUGGUGCGAGAUCAACUGCCUGCGCUAUCCUCCCAAUUGUCCCGAGGACGCCUGUCAAUGUCCUCAGGAGUGCUAUGCCAUCGGAGAGUAUGCUGGCCAAGAGGGAGCCGAUACCUACUGCAUGGAUAAGUGCCUCAACUACGAAUCGGAGUGUCCGAGCGACAGGUGCCGCUGUUACUAA